AUGGCGACAAGAGAUGCGCUUAUUUUCGAGAUAAGUGAAAUGACUGGUGAGCAAUGAUUUUUUCGAUGAUGUCGUCGCUAAAGUUUCUCUCUAACUGUCGAUACGUCGCGUCACCAUUUACUAAUGUGCAAGAUCUUUCCUGGAGGUUACUCAUUAGGAAACUCGGAGUACAUCUGUGCUUUACGAAUGUUGUGAGAGUGUUGGACGUUAUACAAGAUGCUGAAAAUACACGAGACAAUUUGCUUGGUAUUUUAGCGACAAGGCAGGAGGAUCGGCCAUUAAUUGUUCAGUUGUUUUCAGAAGAUCCUGACACUUUGGUGGAGGCAGUGAAUGGAUUAGAGGGUCUUUGUGAUGCUGUGGAUAUCACUAAUAACUUAAGUGACAAUUUUAACGACCUCCCUGACGAUAAACAGCUUGAAAAGUGGAACUGGUGGUUGAGUUGCAUUCAAAGAGUUCAUCAAGACUGUAAAAUGCCUAUUAUAUGCAAGCUUCCUUUUAAUCAGCAAACUACUGACGAAACAAUUAAGAAGGGUACAUCACUCCAAGAAGUUGGAUGUGAGCUUUUACUACUACACAGAAAGAGUGCAGGGAAGAUUAAUGCCAAUAUUUUUAAGAAGGACUGGGAUUCCAUUAAAGUAAUCCGAGAGUCUGUUUCCCUUCCAAUAUUUGUUGAUGUUGGUUUAUCCACUAAGUGGGAAAUUGAUGAAUGUAUAGAGUACACAGGAGUUCAGGGUGUGGCUGUCUCAGAAUCUUUGGAAGGCAACCCAUCACUAUUUUGUAAGAAACAGCCCCCAGUGUCAGAUGUGGUCAGGCAAUACCUGGAACUUUGCAGACUCCAUUCUACACCAAUUUCCAACAUCAAACAUCAUAUCAAUGGAUUUUGUGGAUUUUAUCUUAGCAGGUUUCAUGAUUUAAGCACUAACCUUAAAGAUGUACAGAACUUAAAGGGCAUUGAACAGCUUAUGGAGGAAUUAGAAGAAGUGAUUUCUAAGCUUUCUGGAAAAGAAUUAAAAUCUCUGACAAGGCUGAAAAGGAAGGGGGAGUUUAAAAAGCGAAGUCGGGACAGAAAAAGGGAAGAGAUGACAGAAGUUGUAAAAGAGAAAGACGAAAACCACGUCCCAAGGGUUGUGUUGAAGAAACUUCAGAAAGAGAGGGUUGAAAACGCAAUGAAAUCUGAUGCUCAGAGAGUGGCCAUUGAUUUUACCCUAAUGGACUGUAUGCUCAACAAGGAAAUAUCCAAACUCGCUCGUCAAAUAAUGCAACUGUAUGGUUCCAAUAUGAGGUCGUUUUCUCCAGUUCACCUUUACUUGACGGGACUGGAAAGUGGCGGUGUAGUAUACCGUGAAUGUGAAAGACAGUCGUUGAACUUCACAAAGUUAUCGGCUAGUGUGUCAGAGCAAAGCUAUUUGACGUUGUUUGACGCUGAUGAUGUCAUAUAUAUGACGCCAGACUCACCGAAUGGUAAGAAUCAUAAAAUAAGUACACUUUCGGUUCCAAAGUGCGCGAAUGAUAGGUGAAUUACGGUCAAAUUCGCCGAGCUUUGUGCCAGUUAACCCUACCCCUUCUCUAUCCAUGGACUGUGUCGUUGGUGUUGUCGCUUCCGUAGCAGCGGCAGUUACCGCCGAUCAGUUGUACCUUUGCGUGACCACUGAGCUGCCCACCAUGUGACCGGCACGCUACGUCACGAUAUUUGUUAUAGUUACCGCGCUGCUUCUUUGACUCCCCUUCACCCCUCUGUCAAUUUUACUUGUGAAUUGUUGCUUGUUCUAAGAGACCAAACCUUCGUCACUGGAAAGUAUGUCCUGUGAAAUAACUUCCAACAAGUCGUAAAAGAACCAUAUUUCGUC